AUGGGUUGCUUAUGCAGUUGUUUAAGAGCUUCGACUCCUCCUCGUCGGAGAAAUAGAGACCAGACUCCGCCGCCUUCACGGAGUACUACUCCUUCUUAUUAUGGAAAUAGAGAUUUUAACUCUAAUUUUACCUACUCUUAUAGGCAUAGAGGAUCAACUUCUGCACCAUUUCCAUUAGCAAAGAAUCCUGCUGCUCCUGAGCUACUAGAACCUAAUUUCGCCGAUUCCACUUCCAUAGAUUGGUCAGAUGAAUCUAAAUCAUCCGAAGGAAUUUCAUGUCCUAUAUGUUUUGAAGGGUAUACUAUUGAAAAUCCUAUGAUUACUAUAGAGUGCAGUCACCAUUAUCACCUUAGCUGUAUAUAUGAAUGGAUGAAUAAGAGUGAUACUUGUCCAGCUUGUAGACGGGUGAUAAUCUUUGACAAUCCUGAAUUGCACGAGUUCAGAUAUUGA